UGUAACUCUAGCAACGGUUUUCGUGUGAUCUCUAGCGGUGACGUCAGCGUAUGUGUUUACAUCUCGACUGUGUUAAAAAACUACACGGAUGCCAGGAAGGAUUGUCAAGAUAGAAAAACCCAUUUGUAUACCCCAAAAAAACGAAGAUAAGUUGAAUAUUUUCUUGACACUUGGGAAAACAUACAAUCAAUCUAUGUGGUGUGGUGCCAACGACAUUGCGAGUGAGAAUGUGUUUAGGUGGGAGGAUGAUGGCACCAUCAUCACUCAGACCUGGAGGUCGGCCAUGUUUGAACCAGGACAACCCAGCAACACAAACGGCAGACAAAACUGUGUAGGUUACACAAAGUAUAGCCUGCUAGAUGACGACUUCUGCGACCUGCUCGCCAUGUACGUGUGUGAGAUGGCUUAGACAUUGGCUCU